CCCUCUAUGCAGUGGCAAGCCAGAGAGGAACAUUGAACGGUAGUUCUUUACACAGAGGCAGCUAGCAGAGAAUUACUCAUGUCGGUAUCAAGGACCAGGUGGCCGUUAUCUUCCAAAAAUUUCUCCACAAGAGCACUCCCCCGCACACCCGGCCAUCAAUAAAGAAGCGUCUGCUUAUCUGCAUCACAUUGGUGUCGAUAAGUUCCUAUUCCGGAUUUUCGGUAACAAGUUGGCCAGGAGCACCAGCACGUCUGGUAAGCGGAGAGGGACCCGGCACUGUGGGUGAGCACCAGCGGGAGUGGAUGGGGCUGCAGCAAAAUGCCCCCUGAGGCUUCUCCCUGCCAGCGGGGAGCACGACCCAGCAGGGUGGGUGACUCUCACUCUGGGCUGGCCACUGACCACCCAGGUUCUCCCUGCAAAUCCCAGCAUUGCCCAGGGAAAGGCAGCCAGCUGUGGGAGGCGUCACCCAGCUGCGGGUAGGCCGCGCUGCCUGGUCCCACCACGCUCCCCUCGCAGGAGACCUCUGCAAGGCGUCAGGAGUGGGGACGAGACACACGGUCAGGGGUGCGUGUGGCGGGUGACAGCUAUGUGUGCAGGUGACAAGUCAGAGGUGGCAAGAAGAAACAGUAUUUUCUUUUCUCUCCAGAUGCAGGGUCGGAAGGCGCAUUGUGACAUCACUGCGCGGUGGGCUGUGACAUCAGUGAGCGAUGGUCUGUGACGUCACAUCCCUAGUGCUUAUGUUCGGGUGCCGGCAGAGCCGUGCCCAGUCUGGCUCAUGCCUGGACACCUGCCGAGCAUGCCUGCGAGGUUUUGAGUGUCGAGCGAGGCUGCUCCUGGUGCUCGUGGUGCUUUGGGGGCUGCUGUCAGCAGCUCUCAGUGCCCGUCCCAGAGCCAUCCCCUGGGUUUCCUCGGCCCUGCCUGGGUCAGGCAGCCGGGCAUCACCGUGCUCACUUGUGGCAGCAGGGUCCAGCAUCAGUGAGUGGGAGCAGCUCCUCAUCCUCAGCUCUCCCCAACCUUCUGCAGCGUGUGAACAUGGCAACGGAGACAGAGCAGAUAUGCCCCAUCUGCCGUGACGCCCCAUGUGAUGUUGCUUUUGCGAUGCCAUGUCGCCAUCAGUUCUGCCUGCUCUGCAUCAGGCGAUGGUUAGAUCUGAAGGGAGAGUGCCCACUCUGCAGAGGACCAGUAGAGAUUAUCCAGAUUCCAAUACAGGGACCAAAUUACUGUGUAGGGUGUUUGCACCCAGAAGAGUCGCCAGAUGCCAGCAGCCAGGCAGGCACAGCUCCCAGCAGCCCCCAUGACCCUGUGGUGGCUCCCCCCCCAUCUCCAGAGCAGACACUGUCCCCAGAUGAGCAGGGGACUGCAAGGCCAGUGGCACAGCCAGUGGGUGGCAUCCCGCCCGAGGUCUGGGCAGACCUUAUCCAAGCAAAACGUCAUCUCCUCAAUCCCUUGUUGCCCUGGCUGCAUCAGGAGCUGUGGUCAAUAUGUGGGCCCCGCUGGUGGCAGGCAUGUCGUGCAGAGGCCAACGUCCUGCACACCCUGUGCGACAGCGGCCCAGUUGCAGAGGCCUUGGUGCAGGUGCUGCAGCCUGACCUUGGGGAAGACGCAGCACCUCUGGUCCAUAGCGUCAUCAAUAUCAUUGAGGACCAGUGCAGCCAGCAGGCCUGGAGGCAGCUGUUUUCCCGUGCUGUGCAGGAGGAGGAGGACGACAGCUCUGUGGCUGGCUCCCGAUCCAACAACUCCAGACCUACCAGCUCCAGCUCUACCAGCUCCAGCCCUACCUGCUCGUGGUUCAUGACUUCCAUCCUCGACCUGCCCUCUUCCACCAGCCCUGAAAUCUUCAACAGGGAGGAGGAAGAUGCCGGCACCUCGGAGGCCACCCUCUGUGGGGAUCCUGGCUGCCCCCUAUGUGCUCCUGUCCUGGCAGAGCAGGAGCAUCCUGAGGAGGAGCCGGGGCAGGCGGAGGUGGCAGGUCCCUCUGCCCAGGGCUGCAACCGCAGCCCCUCCACUCCAGGCUGCAGCAGAGACGGCUCAACUGGGAAGUCCUGGUGCCCCCCGAAGAGGAAGGCCCCCAGCCCCCAGAACUCUCCCCAGCCCUGCAAGAGGCCGCACCGCCAGCAGCACUAGCAGGGCUGCAGCAAGUCUUUAUUCAAUCAAUGAAUUGCUAUUUCUCUGACCCCGUCUCUGGGUGCUGCUUUCUCCCCCUUCUCCCAGUGCUGCUUCCUCUCCCCCGUGUCCCACCAUGGCGGCUCUCACCUGCUGGGGGGCACGGCCAUGGGCCCCCGGAGCCCCAGGCCCAUGUGGUGCCUCCUCCUGCAGAAAAUCCUGCUGCAGCCACCCACCUGCUGUGCAGCAGAUGCCGAGGGCAGAGCGGGCAGGAGAGGAAGCUGCUUUUGCCCCAGGUCCGAUGGGAACCCGACUGGGCAAUCCAAGGGCUGGGGCGAGCUGUAAACUUGCCCCUCCAGCACUUGUCUCUGCACCCCACGAAGGGUGACACAGCAGGAACCUCUCCAAGUUGGGGAGAUGUUUGUCCUGCGGGAGGUGUCUGUGCCUGUGCCGGGGCGUUUGCGUAUCUCUGCGCAGUGCUCAGUUUCGGGCAUCUCUGGAGGCAGUGAAGAGCCCGCAGUGGAAGGGAGCGACCUGCCAAGGAACAGGCUGAAUAACCCCCUGGGCUUCCCCCUUUCUCAUGCUGUUCGUGCCCAACAGCUGC